AUGUUAAUUUUUCCUCCCAAAAUAUUUACUAUUUAUUUUUUUAUUUUUUUAAUUAAAUUUUCUUUAAUUUUUGGAAGUGAUGAGGAAGAAAGAUUAAUGGUUGAUAUUUUCCGUGGCUAUAAUUCUUUAAUUUUGCCAAUGAGAAAUUCAAGCCAGCCACUUACUGUUAAAAUGGGGCUGCAACUUUUACUUUUAAUUAAUGUUGAUGAAAAAGAUCAAAUAAUGCAAUCAAAUGUUUGGUUAACUUUAAAAUGGCAUGAUUUUCAAUUGAAAUGGAAUCCAGUAAAUUAUGGAGGAGUUAAAGAUUUGCGUGUUUCUUUAGACAAAGUUUGGCUUCCAGAUAUUGUUCUUUUUAAUAAUGCUGACGGUAAUUAUGAAGUCUCUUAUAUGUCAAAUGUUGUUAUUCAAUAUAAUGGGGAUAUGCUUUGGGUACCCCCAGCUAUUUAUAAAAGUUCCUGUAUUAUUGUUUGCCAUUUAAUUUUUGGUUCUUGGACGUAUAAUGAAAAAGAAAUUAAAAUGGAUUUUGAUAAAUCAGCCGGGAUAGAUUUAUUAGAAUAUGGAGAAUCUAAAAUAUGGGAUGUUGUUGGAGCCCCAGCAACAUUAGUCAAUCAACGUUCCAGAAUUGAAUAUCAGCUUAGAUUACGUCGAAAAGCUCUUUUUUAUACAGUUGUUUUAAUAAUUCCAACAGUUUUAAUGGCCUUUCUAUCAAUGGCAGUAUUUUUUUUACCAACAGAUUCUGGGGAGAAAAUGACUUUAACUAUUUCUGUUCUUCUUUCUAUUGUUGUAUUUUUACUUCUUGUUUCAAAAAUAUUACCUCCAACAUCAUCUACAAUUCCUUUAAUGGCUAAAUAUUUACUUUUAACUUUUGUUUUAAAUGUUAUUACUAUUUUGGUUACUGUAAUUAUUAUAAAUAUUUAUUUUCGGUCUCCAAUAACUCAUCAAAUGCCUGGAUGGGUUCGCUCUGUUUUUCUCAAAUUUAUUCCUCGAUUACUUUGUAUGCGCCGACCAAGAAGACAUCCAAUAGUUUAUAGACAUGCUGCUGGUUUUGGUUCUAAACUUGCCCGUUCAGGACAUACAAUUUCAAUAAAUAAUGGAAUAACCGGGAAUUCCUCAGCUAGAGGAUUGGCUUCAGCUGCAGCAGCAAUUCUGCCAGGGAUUGGUCGUUUUGCCUUAACAGGGCCUUCAAGACAUCAUCCACAUUGUAUGGAAAGUAAUGAUCAAAUAGAGAUGUCUUCUCGAGAAAUUAGUGGAAAUUGGAAUAACAACAGAGAAACAAGGGAAAUAUCUUCUGAAGCUUUUCCUUUAAGUUCUGAUGCUAUAAGGGCAAUUAAAGCAAUUGAUUAUAUUACUGAUCAUUUAAGAAAAGAAGAGGAACAUAAAACUCAUAGAGAUGACUGGAGAUAUGUUGCAAUGGUUAUUGACCGACUUCUUUUAUUAAUCUUUUUUGGCAUAACUUUGGGUGGUACUUUAGGCGUUUUACUUUCUGCUCCCCAUGUUUUCGAAUCGGUUGAUCAGAGAGCAGUUCUUAGACGUCUUGUUCAGCUUUAUCACAGUGGAGGGCAACUUUUCUGA